AUGAAUACAGAAUAUUAAUAAUAAGAAAUUGAAUUAUAGAGACAAUCCCAAUAAAUCUCAGAAGAAACAAACAAUUAAUUAUUUUCAAUUAUUUUUGCUAUAAUUUACAAUUUUAUUUGGGGAAUACUAUUUUAUAUAUUUAGACAUCUUUAUUGUAAAAUUAUUAAAUUUUAAUCAAGAGAUGAAGAAGAAUGUAAAGGAAUGAAUUUUUGGUCAUUUAUAGCACAGAUAUUUUUAUUUUCAGUUGCAAUAUACAAAUUGUACAAUAAUAUUUCUAGAUAGAGCAAUUGAAUUACCAGUAUAUUAUAAAGCAUAAGGUAGAUGGAAAUAAAGUCUAUUUGAGAUAACAGAAAAAGUAGAAUUUGUUUUAAGCAUUAUUGUAUUAAUUGGAUUAAGUGUAAUUUAGAAUUGAUUUAUAUAGUAUGCUUAUUUUCAAUUUGAAGAUUGUUAUGGAUUGAAAAACUUUGUUCUAUUUUAUUUAAUUGUAACUUAUGUAGUUUUAGGAAUAUAUUUGAUUUCUCUACUUUUAUUAAUAUUAAAUAAAAGUAAUAAUUCUGGAUGA